AUGGCAGCACCACAAGCGGUGCGGCUGUUGAUGUUGUUUUACACCGGCGUUGCCUUCUCGGAGGCCGCAUGGUGCGUGGUGAGAAGCGAGGCAAGCGAGCAGGCAGUGCAGACAGCCCUAGACUACGCAUGUGGGGCCGGGGCCGACUGCACGCCCAUUCAGCCUUCGGGCCUCUGUUAUCUGCCAAACACGGUGCAAGCCCACGCCUCUUACGCCUUCAACAGUUAUUUCCAGCGCAGCCGUAAUUCUCCUGGCUCCUGCUCCUUUUCCGGCACAGCCACAAUAGCCACUACCGACCCAAGCUAUGGAUCUUGUGUCUAUCCAUCGUCUCCAAG